GAUCCCAGCCCCAGAGCGGGGGAGGGCGCCUCCCUAUCCCCUCCUCCCCGUCCCCGCCUCGGCUCGGGGUUUUACUGCAGCAGCCGGAGGUGACAGCGACGCCUCAGCCGCCUCUGUUGCUCUCGGAGCCCCGGCUUCCCCUGCACCGGGAAAGCGCCCCCUCUCGAGAGGCUGGUCCCUGGAGAAGUGCGAACGAGCUGCAGAAAACCAGAUUUUAAAAUGUAGAAGUCGUUGGGCUGCAUUCCUCCGAGGACCAGUCUGAUCGCCCAGGACUAAGAGUGGCAGCGUAUGAGAAGUUGGGACCAUAGAGCAAGGGGGGGAGGGGAGUGUUGCAGCAGGCAUUCUCUUCUGGAAGGAGUCGCUGGGAGCAGUGCGGUUGGACACAAGUUUGCGUAGGAGUGUUUUCCUUUUGUCAAUAAUUAAUCACCGGAAUUAGCCAGGUAGAAUUUGAGUUUUAGCAAGAGUCCUGAGGGCGGGGCCGAACACCUAACUCCGGGAGGCUCCCAGGCGCCCGGCGCAGUGGGAAGCUCGCAGCAGCUGGGGAGGAGCCAAAGCCUCGGCGCUCACCUAAGCCGCAGGGAGAUACACCCAACUGGGAGAUGAGGAAACAGCAACCCAGAGAGGAGAACUAAUCCACACAGGAUCACUUCGUGAAGGAGCAAGGCUGAAGACCCAGACCUGGACUUUCUUAGGGGGAGGGCUACUGAUCACAUCUUCUGCAAUAUUUCCAAGGACAAACUUACUGCAGCUUGAAGGAGCCAACCAUGGAUUUGAGGCGUGUGAAGGAAUAUUUCUCCUGGCUCUACUAUCAAUACCAAAUCAUUAGCUGCUGUGCUGUUUUAGAGCCCUGGGAGCGAUCUAUGUUUAACACCAUCUUACUAACCAUUAUUGCUAUGGUGGUAUACACUGCCUAUGUCUUUAUUCCAAUCCACAUUCGCCUGGCUUGGGAAUUUUUCUCAAAAAUAUGUGGAUAUCACAGUACAAUUUCUAAUUGAUCUUGUUCACAUUCAGUGAAAUGGCAUUGCAUAUUUAUAUGUUGCUUACAACUUAUUGAUUUAGGUAACUAUUGUGUCUUCCUUCACUAUCUGACCUGAAAAGCACUCUCUUCUCUAUGCACUCUUAUAUUCUGCCUUUCUGCCUGGAGUUUGAAAUACAUGUCUCUUUAGUUUCUUUCGCACAUGCUACAUUGUGCUUUAGACCAUAGAUAAUACAGUGACUUUACCUCACAAAUCAUAUUCUGUCAACACAAAUCUAUGAAUUUAGUUUAUUUAAAAUCAGAACAAUUUCCUACAAACUUUUUCUGGAAAAUAGACUCCUAACAGACCUACCAGAAUCAUGCUUAAAGUGCUCCCUUGACACUUAUUCUAUACUGAAGGAUAAAUUUUAAAAAAUCUUUAUAGGCUACUGUCAGAAGUAUCCUAUCCUUGUUUACGAUGUAUAAAAAGAUGUGAAUAAGUUAUAUGGACCCCCUAAGUCUUAUUUUCUAGUAAACUGAUGAUACUGGAAAUUCUUUUACUUCAAAUGCAAAAGAAUAAGCUGGAGGCAAUUAUUUCCUUUCAUACAGAGUUCAUGAAUUGUUUUAAAUGCUUCUUAAAGUCUGGCUUUAUAACCGUUUAAAAUCAACAAUGUUGAUUUUAGAUAACCAAGUAAGUAUUAUAAUACAAAAUAAUUUUAAGUGUAAGAAACUAAAGUAUAAUCAAAGUAAAUUCAGAUAUUGUAUUUGUGGUGUUGCCUUGCCUUGCAUGAUGCUGGGGGAAAGAGAGAAAAGACAUGGUUUUCUUUUUGUACUUUAAUUCAGUGUAGAGGGAAAAAAGCAUGUAUUGGGCCACCGGAAGACAAGCUAAUAAAUAGGCUGGAAGUAAUAUUCUGCCAGCAGGAACUCAACUGCUCCAGUUAAGUGCUUUGAUAUAGUGGCUCCUUUGCAGAGCCAAAACAAGAUUUAUUAAAUUUCCUUCAAACUUUAUCUUUAAAACAAAUAUAAGGUUUUAAUUAUACUGCUGAAGCAAACGUGAAUGCCAAAGACUACGUUUUGCAGUUUUGCUGUCCUCCCAAUAAAUAUUAAUGUAUGUAAUUCUAGAGGGUAAAAAUGUAAAUAGGUUUGGACAAUAUUUGCACCCUUGUUUGUGUUAUGAAAAAAAUUUUCCAAGGCGAGCUAGAGAGAAAGAUGUUUGGCAUGCCAAAUUAACUUGCAUGUUUGUUAAAAAAACAAACACAUGUUUUGAAGAGAAACCAGAUCUGAACAUGUAUUUGUUGAGUUUUGCAAAAUAAAAUUAAUUUUGUAAGUAAA